AGGGGACUCACCUGACAUUCCUCUCUGACUCAGGUAGCAAAAGUCUGUCCCUGGACUGGAGAGUGGCUGCAUUUUUCCACAGGACACAGAAGUCAGAUCCCGGGAUUAAGACAACACAUGACUGACCAGAAGAGUGAUCCAUUACAAGAGAUUUGCUCAACCGGCCAAUUGGUGUGCUUCGUCUUCUCAAGCCGUUUAGAAACCGGUGGCCAAUCUGAUCCCCGGUGGCUACUUUCCGCUGACACCUUGGCACAGCCUUUAAGAAAUGAGGCACAAUCCUUUCUCUCGCUGUCCUAAUAUUAAGAACACAGGGGCAAGUUCUUCGAAAUGACCAUCCAAAGAAUGUACUCAAUCUGAGAAAAUCAUGGCAGCGAAUACUUUUAAUCCAGAUUAGGUUUAGCCGAAUGCGGCGAAGAGAAGAGCACGAGAGCAAAGGAACAGGUGAAUAUUGUAUGUACAGUAAAACAGGGAAACCACCGUUCUGUUGUUGUGGAAGAAAACCUCAGGAUCCAUGCUGCUUUGCUAUUUUUCUUCAAGAACACAAGAGAAGGCAAGGACGUCCACUUGUGGUUAAACUUCAGUGGUUUGCCGGAGUAUGUUUCAUCUCUUCUCUUACUGCUGGUCUUGGCUGAAGGCAAUCCAAGAGCCAAUCAGGAAAGUGACCAUCCUUGUCCUUGGCUUAGACGGAGCCGGGAAAAGUUCCCUCAUAAGGGAAAUUCAGAGAGUCCUCUCCUGCGAGGUGCUUCCCGCCACGAAACCCAACCAGACAGACCUCAGAGUGGACCGGUUCGAAGUCUCCCUCAUUGACUUGCCUGGAGGACAACGAUCCUGGAGGGACCACUACGGCUCGGCUCAUGGGAUCAUCUUCGUCCUCGACUCUGGAGACGUGGCUCGGAUGGAGGAGGCCAAGAAGACCCUCUCCCGGGUUCUGGGGCACUCAAAAGUUUCAGGAAAGCCUCUCUUACUCCUGGCAAACAAACAGGACAAAGCGGAUGCCCUCUUGCCCUGUGAGAUCAUCGAGUGCCUGUCUUUGGAGAAGCUGGCAAACGAAAACAAGUCGCUAUGUCGCAUUGAGCCCUGCUCAGCGACCAAAAGGCUCCCCAAAAUCCAGUGUUGGACCAUCGUGCAAGGUCUUCACUGGCUCUUGCACACCAUUGCCUUGCACUAUGGGGACCUCUGUGGCCGCAUCCAAGAAGACAGCCCUCAGCAACAAGCAUCGGCGGAGCAGGAGGGGUCCCGGAAGACACACAGGACGCGGAACAAGACACAAGAAGCCAGGGAGUCACGUCCCCGAAAAGAGAGCAAAGAGGAAGGAAAUCCCAAGGCGCUGGAGGUCAAACCCACAGAACCGAUGCCAGAUGUGUGUUCACAGGGAGCUGCGCAGAAGGAGGAAAGAGGAGCAGCAUCCAGAAAGCGGAAAGGGAGAGUCAAGCAGAAGGUGAAGAAGAAGAGCUCCUUGCAAUCGGAGAGCACCGUUGUGGCUGAAGACGAAGGGGGCAAAGGGGCCGCUGGGAGGAACAGCGCAGGAGCCGCCCCUGGCCUCCUCCACAGCAACAAGGUGGCCCAAGGGAAGCCCACGGCUCUGGAAACACCUCCACCACCCACAGGACAACGGGCAAAGCGGAAAAAUAAAAUUCUGAAAAACAAAAUCAAAAGUGAAGAAACGUUACCACCUCAGGCGAAUGAGAACCCGUCAAGUACUUUCGAUUUGUAUCGGAGAGCCAUGAUGGCCCUGAAAAUGCAGAAAGGGACUCCGAAGGCCCCUUCAAUAGUCAGCUCCUGAACUAGUUAUCCCCAUAAAAGCAGAAUGAGUCGAGGACAAAGAGACUCUGCGUCAUUGAGUCUGAGUCCUGGUUCCAACGUAUUGCAAUAUGACUUUCGUGAGGGAGGUGUUGCCAUCAGCCUUAAAGGCUCUUUCUCUGCUUGAAAAUCUAGUCUCCAAAGAUGACUCUGAGCAGCUUUUGCUUUUAUGGAAGAAGAAUCUGGCGUCGUCUUCCAGAAUGUUUGCGAGAUCACCGUUGGGAAUGGAAGAAGAGCCAUGUUCAAAAGCACAACCAUGGGACUUCUGUGAAACUGGAAUCAUGUUUCCUGGAAAGUCACCAAAGUCUUAGCCAUCGUGCAAUUUCCAGAAACAGUGUUUCUCUACAGCGGUUGUAACACAUGUUAAAUUGUACACUUAUCUAAAUAUUUGGUACUGUCAUAUUAUCUGGGCAGAGGCCACUAGGGGAUGCUAGAGAGAGAUGGAUAAUAAUAAUAAUAAUAAUUGGACAAAUGUUCAACAGUGGCAUUGAAGAAAGGAAAAAUCAUUGAAAGUGAGGGCAUAAAUAUGCCUAAUGGCCAAACAAUAAAGUGUCACCAGCCAGACGCCUAUAAAUAUCUGGGCAUAUUACAGCUAGACAACAUCAAGCAUGAACAUGUGAAGACUGUGGUCAGUAAAGAAUACACACAAAUGGUCAGAAAAAUUCUCAAAAGCAAGCUUAAUGGAGGCAACACCAUCAAGGCCAUAAACACCUGGGCCAUACCUGUCAUAAGAUAUACUGCUAGCAUCAUAAACUGGACAAAGGUGGAACUCGACAAUUUGGACAAAAAAACAAGAAAACUCAUGACCAUUCAUCAUUCUGCACCCUCGCAGUGAUGUUGACCGGUUAUAUCUGCCUAGAAGAUCAGGGGGCAGAGGACUCUUACAAGUAAAACAAGCAGUCACAGAAGAAGAACAUGCCCUGGCAGAAGAUGUAAAGCAAAGUGAAGAACCUGCUUUGAUUGAAGUCAAAAAUCAGAAACUCCUCAAAACACAGCAGACAAGGAAUCAGUACAAGAAAGCCGCACUACAAACUAGAGUUGACAGCUGGCACAACAAAACAUUGCAUGGAAAGUUCCUUGACAAAAUUGAAGGAAAAGCUGAUAAGGAGAAGACCUGGCUCUGGCUCACGAAUGGGACCCUGAAGAAGGAGACAGAAGGCCUGAUCCUUGCAGCCCAGGAGCAAGCCAUCAGAACAAAGGCAAUUCAGGCCAAGAUCGAAAAAUCAGCUGAUGACCCAAAAUGCAGACUCUGCAAGGAAGCCAACGAAACCAUUGAUCAUAUCCUCAGCUGCUGUAAGAAAAUCGCACAGACAGUCUACAAACAGAGGCACAACUAAGUGGCCCAAAUGAUUCAUUGGAACUUAUGCCUCAAGUACCACCUCCCAGCAGCAAAGAACUGGUGGGAUCACAAACCUGCAAAAGUAUUGGAAAAUGAGCACACAAAGAUACUGUGGGACUUCCGAAUCCAGACUGACAAAGUUCUGGAACACAACACACCAGACAUCACAGUUGUGGAAAAGAAAAAGGUUUGGAUCAUUGAUGUUGCCAUCCCAGGUGACAGUCGCAUUGUCAAAAAACAACAGGAAAAACUCGGCCGCUAUCAGGACCUCAAGAUUGAACUGCAAAGACUCUGGCAGAAACCAGUGCAGGUGGUCCCGGUGGUGAUGGGCACAUUGGGUGCCGUGCCAAAAGAUGUCAGCCGGCAUUUGGAAACAGUAGACAUUGACAAAAUUACGAUCUGUCAGCUGCAAAAGGCCACCCUGCUGGGAUCUGCGCGCAUCAUCCGAAAAUACAUCACACAGUCCUAGACACUUGGAAAGUGUUCAAGUUGUGAUUUUGUGAUAUGAAAUCCAGCAUAUCUAUCUUGUUUGCUGUGUCAUACAAUAUAAUAAUAAUAGUAACAACAACUUCAUUUUUAUACCCCUUCUCCAUCUCCCCGCAGGGACUUGGGACAGCUAACAUGGGGCCAAGCCCAGAUAAUUGCAAUAAAACAGGAUAAAAUACAUACAGAACAAAACAAGCAUCUAUUUUAUGGGGAUGGAGGGCGGGUUGAAGGAGUAAAACCAUUUCUUUCUGUUUUCCUGUUAUUCCCCCCACUCAUGUCCCCAUUGUGGAAAUAAUCCUUGGGCUACCAUAGCGGGUUAAACUGUCAGCUAUAGAAGAUCCUGCUGACCGGAAGGUUGGCAGUUCAAGCUGGGAGCGGGGUGAGCUCCCGCUGUCAGCCCAGCUUCUGCUCACCUAGCAGUUCAAAAACAACGAUGUAAGUAGAUAAAUGGGUAACCACUUUGGCAGGGAAAACAGGCUCUUUGACGUGAAAAAUGAAACAACAGUACCUCCCCAUGGCCGAGUCGAGCACAGACGGAUGCCGGAGAUGAAAAAAGUGUAGCCUUGCCUCUGUUUAUGUACUGUCUGUCUUUGCCAAUUGUAUAACGGCAUUGAAUGGUUGCUUGUAAUUUGCUGAAUCCCCCUCACUACCUCUGAGGAUGCCUGCCACAGAUGUGGGCGAAACAUCAGGAGAGAAUGCUUCUAGAACAUGGCCGUACAGCCCGAAAGACUCACAGCAACCCACCUUCUCAGUGGCUUCUCCCAUCCCUUGGUUCUCCCUUCUAUCCCUCAAGACGGAGUGGCAAACCUCAAAUACUUGUGAGUUGUGAACCACGGCUUGAGAUUCCUGCACAGCCCACUUAAGUGUUAAUUAUUCCAGUAAUUAUCUAACUGUCACUGCCUCUGAGCCCGGCAUAAUCUGCAUUAGAGACAUCUGGGGAUUUGGGCAGGUGGUUGCUAUUAACUCUGCUGAUUCUUGCACCAGUUUAAAGGGUGUAUUCGUUUUCUCCAGGUCUUUGCAUCAAUGAAGGUUUAUUAGAAGUGUUUUUCAGUGUCAUGGGUGGAUAAGAACACAGCAGGGAGGGAGGAAGAAAGGAAAUCAAUAGGUAAACAAAUCUCAAGAGGAAAUAAAACAAAAACAUGACAAAGUAUCCUGGUUUCAAUACGCUCAAAUAAAAGAACAAUUCGGGAAGGACAAAUUGGUAGGAUUUAAUGAAAAGGAAAACUUUUGGGACAUUUUAAUGCAAAACGACAAAAAGCAAAUCACCAGGAUCUACAAAAAAUUAUUAGAAUGGUCAACAGAGGUAGAAACUGUAAAAAAAAUUGUGCCAUCAAAUGGGCAAAAAAUUUCAGACGCCAAAUUAUGAUGUCAGAGUGGGAGACAAUUUGGAAUAAGAAACUGAAAUACACAUAUGCCUUGGAUCUACAAGAAAAUUGGCUCAAAAUGUUCCACCGUUGGCAUAUAACACCAAAAAAAUUAGGAAUAAUGUAUAAACAUACACAAAACAAGUGUUGGAAAUGUAAAAAACAAGAAGGAUCGUACUUCCAUAUCUGGUGGACAUGCCCAGAAACAACAAAGUUUUGGAAAAUGAUACAUGAGGAAACACAGAAAAUAUUACAAAAGUCAUUCCCAAUGAAACCCGAAUUUUAUUUACUCGGACUAACGGAGUCAAUAAACUUUAAUCAGAAUGAGGACAUAAUAUUCACAUAUGCAGUGAGAGCCGCAAGAAUAACCUUUGCGAGACUUUGGAAACAAAAUGAAACCCCAACAAGACAACAAUGGAUAGAGAAAUUGGAUGAAAUGCAUGACAUGGACAAACUAACAUACUUAAUGAAAAUAAGCAGAGGAAAUGUAAUAACAAGGACAGAUUGGGGAAAAUAUGAAGAAUAUAAGAAAAAAGCAAAGGAAAUUAAACAAAUGGAGAAUCCGAGAAUGGAAUUAUGAACUAGACCAGAGUAUAAAGAGAGAAUAAAUAAGAAAUGAAAAUAAAACCACAAAGAAGAGAAAACGGAAGACCAAAAAAGACUUUUUUACCCUAUUAUACCCUCACUUCCUAGACCUCCACCUAUAUCCUUUCACUUUUUUCCCCUUCUUCUUUCUAUCCAAUUUCUAUCCUAAUCCUUCUUCACUUACCUUGCCUUUUUAAUCAUGUACACAAAUGAAAAUAUUAAUAAAAAUUAUUUUUAAAAAAUAGGUAAACAAAUCACCUGGGCAAGGGAGAGAUCCUUCUGUUGCUAGUCAGAGAUUAUCUCCAUAUCUAAACUAUAUCUGAGACCAAAUGGCUACUGAAGCAUCCGUGGAUACUUGUAGCAGUAUUUCAGGGAAGCUUUGAACAGCAGACAUCCAUAUUAUGCUGCAAUCCACCUUUUUGGAAUAGGAUUAGGAAGGAAAAUUGUAAAUUUAUUGCAUGAAGAAAAGAAAGCUGUGGCAGUGAAACAACAUCAGUAUUUCCUAUGUGCUAAGUGUACGCCUCUGUCUGUUUUGUGUAUCUCCUUUCAAGAAGAGAACUAUGAGGGUUGAAUGAAAAGUAAUGCCUCCACCUUCGUAACUCCUCAAGAGAUGGCAGUCCUGGUCUGCGGCAGGUACUGGCUUGUUCGGUAGACUCUCCUCUACAGUUCCAUUUGGGAGAAAGCCUUAGCAUUGAACGGUUGUGUUGUUAAAGUGCGAAGUACGGAACCCUGUGCAGACGGUCGGUCGAUGCGACUUGAACUCCCGGUGGCACAGCAGAUUAAACCGCUGGGUUGCUGAACUUGCUGACCGAAAGGUCAGUGGUUCUAAUCUGGGGAGUGGGGUGAGCUCCUGCUGUUAGCCCCAGCUUCUGCCAACCUAGCAGUUCAAAAACAUACAAAUGUGAGUAGAUCAAUAGGUACCGCUCCAGUGGGAAGGUGAUGACACUCCAUACAGUCAUUCCGGCCACAUGACCUUUGAUGCUGAGAAUUUGAUGCUGUUGUAUGUUUGCUAAAAACUCCUCAAUUUAGAUGCAUGCAUAUACGAGGGUUGAAUGAAAAGUAAUGCCUCCACCUUCGUAACUCCUCAAGAGAUAGCAGUCCUGGUCUGUGGCAUGUACUGGCUUGUUCAGUAGACUCUCCUCUACACUUCCAUUUGGCGGGAAGCCUUAACAUUGAACGGUUGUGCUGUUAAAGUGUGAAGUAUGGAACCCUGCACAGACGGUCAGUCAAUGGUGAUUGUGUUGAUGUGAGUCCUGUGCGUCGUUGGACGAGUAAGUUUAAAGAUUUAUUUAUUUCAUGUCAAAAGCAUUGCAUAAUAAAUAAAAGAUUAAAAUAAAAUAAAAGUUUAAAGAUGUUGAGGUGGGAACAUCUGACUUGUGUGACAAACAAAGAGUUGGACGUCCUGUGAUAGCAACCUCCGAGUUCCACAAGCAAAAGAUUGACAGAUUGAUUCAGGAUGAUCGUCGUAUCACUCAGAGAGAAAUUUCAAGCAUCAUCGGCAUUUCACAAGAAUGCGUGGGUCACAUUAUUGCUUUGCUUGGCUAUCGGAAGAUCUGUGCAUGAUGGGCCUGUGAGAAGCCGGUUGCGGAAACAGUGUCGACUUCUUCCGUGACGGCUUCAGAAAACUUGUUCAUCGUUGGCAGAAAUGUAUCCAAUUGUCUGGUGAUGGUGUGGAAAAUUGAACAGUGGUAGUUAAAGAGCACAUUCUAAGGAUUAUUUCUGUGUUUGAUUUAUUAAAAUAUUCCCAUCCAAACCCAAAUAACGAAGGCGGAGGCAUUACUUUUCAUUCAACCCUCAUAUGAUAGGAUACUCUUGAUUCUUGGUCGGUGUGGCAGACUGUUAGACAUUAUGGUCAGUUAUGGUCUCAUUUAGAGGAAAGCAUGGAAUCCAAGUGAUUGCAAGUGUGGCAGGAAGACCAGUUCAACGUAUCUAGUAUACAGUAGAGUCUCGCUUAUCCAACAUAAACGGGCCGGCAGAACAUUGGAUAAGCGAAUAUGUUGGAUAAUAAGGAGAGAUUAAGGAAAAGCCUAUUAAACAUCAAAAUAGGUUAUGAUUUUACAAAUUAAGCACCAAAACAUCAUGUUAUACAACAAAUUUGACAGAAAAAGCAGUACAAUACACAUUAAUGCUAUGUAGUAAUUACUGUAUUUACGAAUUUAGCACCAAAAUAUCACGAUGUAUUGAAAACAUUGACUACAAAAAUGUGUUGGAUAAUCCAGAACGUUGGAUAAGCGAGUGUUGGAUAAGUGAGACUCUACUGUACUACAAGCAGAAGAGAAGGGGGUAGAAACUUGACAUUUAGGAGAAGGAAGCAUUGGAAACAAUGACUUGUUAGGGUCAAACUCCUACCAUUGGUAUUUGCAUUGAGAGACUUGUGUGAGCCAUGUGAACAUCAUUUAAACCACAUUUUAAAUUGUUUAGACAGGAUUGGCAGAAGAUGUGCCACAUCCGUUUCCUAUCGAAAUCAAAACCAUUUGCCUUAUUUCCCUUUUCCUCCCCUUCAAGGUGUGACAGAUGCAGGUCACAAACACAAGCAGGAUUGCACUCUCAGGUUGGCACAAAUUUGCAACUGAUUUUGCAGAGUUUUUAUUAAAAUAUAUAUGCUUGCCCACAAUGUCCUACCUCAUGUACAGAGGAGGAGUUGCUUAAAGCUACGGACAAUGCGGUUGCUGUUGCCCGCUUUUGGUCUAAACCUAUUUAGUUGUUUUGUGAUUUCCUCUAUUUUUUUCAUCAUUUUUAAAAUGUAUUUGUUAUGCAAUGCUUUUGACACGAAAUAAAUAAAUAUUAAAAUACA